AUGCUGGAUAAUACUGCGUGUCCUGCAGUAGCGUCAAGUGAGCCUGUGACCGAGUCCACGUCGAACGGAGAGAAAGUAGUAACGGAUGGGUCCCAGGCUGAAGCAGUCCCCGCCGGUGCAGAUUUGGAAGAUUCUGACCCCAGACUGCCCCAAAACUGGUCUCGUACGCGGAGGUGGUUCAUCAUAAUCGUCCUGUCCUUGAUGUCCUUGAUGGUUUCCAUGUCUCUCGUCAUCAACGCUCCUGCAAGCACGUCUAUCGAGAAGGAGUUCAACAAUUACGACAACUUUCUUUCAAUCUUCUACAUUACCGUUCCUAACUUGGGCCAAGUCGUGUCAGCCUUCUAUGUUGGCCCACUGUCCGAGCGUUUCGGACGUGUGCCUGUCUGUCACUUCUUCAAUGUCCUGUUUCUCAUCUUUACCAUGAUCGCAGGAUUCAGCAACAGCUUUAGCAUGAUCAUUGUCUUCAGAUUUUUAGGUGGCGCGUCCAUCGCCUCUAUUGGCCUGAAUCCCUCCAUCACGGGGGAUCUCUUCGCUAUCCACGAGCGUGGAUCCGCCAUGUCAAUAACAAGUCUGAUUCCCAUCCUUGGCAGUGCCGUUGGCCCCAUUGCUGGGGGAUAUAUCACGCAGUACCUCAACUGGCGCUGGACGUUCUGGAUAAUGGCUAUCCUCACGGCGGCUCUGAUGCCUGUCCUAGUCAUUGUUAUGAGAGAAUCGUAUGUCCCGGUAAUACGCCGAAAGGCACUCAAGAAAGCUAGCCUUAACAAGGAAAAAGUCAAGUCGCCACCAAAGUACUUCACAGGGUGGAACAUGACAACAGUCAAGACGCUUGCCCUGCUCGUGGUACGCCCCUUCAUCAUCUUAGGAAGUUCCCGCAUUGCAGUGCUUAUGGCGGUGUACGUUGGAGUCAUAUUCGGUUACCUCUCCCUUCUAGCUUCUACGAACGCCACCGUCUUCCAGGAAGUCUACGGAUUUUCCGAGAGUGAAUCCGGUCUUAUCUACAUUGCUACAACUAUCGGCACAAUUAGCGGAAUGGUCAUGUGCCGCUUCACCCUCGACUUUUUCUUAUUACGUGGCUUUUCUAUGAAGAAGCCAGACGAGAAUACUACGCCGCACCCUGAAAACCGACUGAUUCCCACCAUCCCUGCCAUGGUAGCCUUCCCUGCUGGCCUCCUGAUUUAUGGGUGGUCUCUAGAGAAGCAAUUCCACUGGAUCGUUCCCGCCCUGGCCACCGUGUUGUACGGGUUUUCUUUAUCGAGUAGCGUCACACCCAUCAUGAAUUACCUCGUCGAUAUCUUCGGCGAACGCUCGGCCUCCGCCGUCGCGGCUUGCCUUCCUCUGCGUUACAUAGGCGGGGCCUUCUUGCCAGUCGCUGCUCCAUAUUUGUACGAAAGACUUGGCUAUGGGUGGGCCAACACAUUAUUGGCAUUUAUACUAAUCGCCAUUGUACCCGUGAUAUUUUUGGCGAUUGUAAGACCACAUAGGGUAGGGGUCCCGGCGACGGCCGCGCGGUGA